GUAGUCGUUAGUGAAGUAUCCUAACGAAGGUUAAAUUAUGGGUAACUUCUGGGAUUUAAAGCAAUUAGUCCCUUUUAUAAAUUUCGAUAGAACAAUAAGAAGACGGAGUUGAUCUGAAAAAUGUGAUGUAUUUGCGCUAUACAUUUCGAACAAUCUGGUCACACAUAUACUUGUCAAGGCAUUUUUAUAUGAAAAUUAAUAAUAAUAACAUUUCUUUAAAUUCUUACAAUCUAAUAAGUUACAACCAAAUGUGUCUAAUCUUUUGCGGCUGGCGAAAUCUCAUAAAGAAAGAUGUAAUGACAUGUUGAAUAAACUAAUUGAAUUUCAUACUCAGGCAUCAUGCAUAUUAUCUAAUCUCUCUCUGGUAUGUCGUAUUAAAUUUAUGAAUUUUUGCAGUAUUGUGGUUGCUAAAACAAAUCAUACUACUAAACAAAAGCUGAGUAAAUCUCUUAUGUAUGAUAAUGAUGGAAAUUUAUUUCAAUUUAACCCGGAUAAAUAUGUAUCAAAUUUAUCAACUGUUAGGCUUUCUGUAUUCGAGAAAGAAGCUCUAUCACUCGGAUUUAAUUUUUCCGUUGCACAUACGAAGAUUUCUGAUCUGUCGAUAGAUGCUCAAUUUGAAAAUCUUUAUGAUCAGUUGAACCCUCUUGUCCCAACCACCCUGGAUAAGAAAAAUUGGUUAAAGGUGAAAUUGGUUGACGUUGCCCACCACUUUCACGGAUCUCAAGUCAGACAAAGGAGUAUUUUGACUCCUAAACAUUUCGCUGCGUUAAAAAACCUCCAAAGUAGGUCAGAUAUUGUGAUCCUCAGACCUGACAAAGGUUCUGGGGUGGUCGUUAUCAAUAAAUGUGAAUAUAAAGACAAAAUGUUAUCUAUACUGGGUGAUCAAAAAAAUUGGAAUCCAGAGUGAAGUCCAAUCUAGUAAAGCUUCUUAAAAUGAACGUCAUAAACAACGAGGAGUUUAAGAUACUAAAACCGUCGGGUUCAGUUCUCCCGAAUUUAUAUGGAUUACCUAAAAUUCAUAAACCUAAUAUUCCAUUACGACCAAUUUUGUCUAUGUGUGGUUCUCCCACACAUGAGCUAGCUAAAUGGUUAGUAAAACUGUUAAACCCAAUUCGUACUAAUCUAUGUAAGUUCUCUUUAAAAGAUACAUUUGAACUAAUUGACUUUCUUGGUGACAUUAAUAUUAAAGAUAAAUCUUUGCAUUCAUUUGAUGUAAACUCCCUCUUCACGAAUGUACCAUUAACAAAGACGGUGGAUUUCCUUUGUGACUAUAUUUCAAAAACUUUCCUCUUUUUCCUAUUCCGUUACCAUUUUUGAAAGAAUUACUUUUAUUAUGUACAGCUAAUGUUCAAUUUACGUUUGAUGGUGAAUAUUUUCGACAAGUUGAUGGUGUAGCUAUGGGUAGCCCUUUAGGGCCUCUCUUAGCUGAGGUAUUCAUGUCAUAUGUGGAAAAUAUGACGAGCGACCUCAUUGGUGAGACAACUCUAUAUAGAAGAUAUAUGGAUGAUAUUCUAAUUAUAUGUGAUAAGGAUUUUGAUGUUUACCGAUUACUGGAUAAACUCAAUGGUGUUCAGAACGAUAUUGUGAUGACACAUGAAUCAGAAAGUAAUGGUCAACUAGCCUUUCUAGACAUACUCUUAAGUCGAAGGGAUGAUGGCACUAUUAGACGGUCCGUGUACAGGAAACCAACUUGGACGGGACAAUACUUAAAUUUCCAUAGUUUUUGUCCAUUGCAAUACAAGAGAGGUCUAGUUAAGUGCCUCUUUAAGAGGACUCGAAGAAUAUGUACCUCUGAUAUGGUGGAAAACGAUGAAAAGUUACUGACUGACACUUUAAUAGCAAAUGGUUAUCCACUCAAGUUUAUUAAUAGGUGCAAAAGUCAGUUAAUGCCAAGACCUCUAAUUUACUCAGUGCCAAAGAAAAAGGUCUAUAUCAAUCUACCAUAUAGAGGCGAAUCAAACAGUAUAGUUUUAAGGCAGAGAUUGAAAGCAGCCAUCGAGAAUACGUAUUGUGCUGCUCAGUUGGUAGUGAUUGAAAAGUCUAAGGCCAUGAUUCCUAAUAGACCCAAACAAUGCACUAAUGAUUACGUCACAUCCCAUUGUAUUUAUCAAUUUACAUGUUUGUGUGGACACACAUACAUAGGGAGGAGUAAUCGAACAAUGCAAUUAAGGGUCAAUGAACAUGUGCCCAGAUGGCCUCAAAAUCAGUGUGUGUCAAAUGAUCCGAUUAAUGUAGGAGGUAGAAAACCAAGUUCAUCGAUGGCAAAACACAUAAUUGAGACAGGGCACAAAAUUAACAUUAAUACAGCAUUUAGAAAGUUGUAUAGAAAUUGUCAAGGUCGAAUUCUUAAGUUUAUUGAAGCCUUGGCUAUUCGUAAAUUUAAACCCCCCUUAUGUGUACAAAAACAAUUUGUCGUAACCUUGAAUUUACCUUGGUAAUCCUUAAGUCAUUCUAUGGCCUAGGAUAACGCGACAAAUUCUUAUUCUUUCUCCCCCCUUAGUUAUUUAAUUGUACUUUUAUUUGUUUGACCUUUAUUAAUUUUCAUAUAAAAAUGCCUUGACAAGUAUAUGUGUGACCAGAUUGUUCGAAAUGUAUAGCGCAAAUACAUCACAUUUUUCAGAUCAA